CCGCGGGAGAAUGUGCCGGGGAGGAUAGGGGGCCGAGUGGGGAACUGCUUGGCCUUGGGGCAAGCCAGGGGCCGAAGGGGACCCGUCUCUGGUGGUGGGUGGUCAUGGAAAGGCCCUGAGGCCUUCUCGUGCAGGGUAGGGGGCAGCGGUCAAAGGCAGGAAUUGCGGAUAUGUUGAGGCCUGUGCUGCUCUCUGGAGGAUGCUAAGGAUUGGGUACCGGUGAGGAGGUGGGGGUGGACUCCCACACACAGCCCCUAUCGACAUGGAGGCCGCACAUGGUGGCUGCGGGCAUUGGCCUAGUGGAGAAUGGCUGAACAGACUUUUUCCAGUAUGGGGGAGGGGUUGCACCUCUGGGUCCUGAAGAAGAUUCCAGCUUGGGGAGACCUACCUUUCCAUUUGAGUGGGGGUUUUGUGAGGAUAAAUAGGGGCAGGUAUGUUGCCUAAGGCAGACAGCUGGGGGUGCAGAAGAGUCCUUGCUGGAGGAAGAGAGUUUCUACUGUGACCCUCCUGAAAGCCACAUUUUCUGGCACUACUCCAUGGCCCCCUUCUCCUAAACUCCUUUGCUGGUUCCUCCAGUCUAUAUUUGGGUGAUUAAUUGCAUGUCUUUUAACACACGCACGUAAUCCCACUUGCCUGCUGCCCAAAGCCUAUGGUCCUUUUCAGUCCCCUCCCCCCUCCAGCCCCCUCCCGCCCCCCCUUCCUGGCUCUCUUCCCAGAGGGUUCACCCUGUGCCAGCUGACACCCUCUAGUCAGCCUUGCACUCCCAGGCAGCCAGCCCCCUCCAGUCUCCUUGGCCAGUGGAACAUUUCCUCUUAACCUUCAGCCCCUACAUUUUUCUUUAGCAGAAAUUUUCAAAUGGGACAAAGUUGAAUAGUACCUCUCCUAGGACCACUUGUCUUAUCCCUUCUCCCAUUGGGUCUUGUUAUAGAAACAACAUUCGCAGUGCCUGACACAGUCUGGUCCAUUGCUCCAAAGUGGUCCUGGAUCUGCAUUUAGAAUUCCAUGGGACAAUGAUUUCUAGCCUUCUGUCAAUGGUAGAACCCUUAGAAAAUCUGCUUAAAAGUGUGAGUUCUCUUGCCCAAAGUCUGACCACCAGCACAGCCUCAGAAGGAAGCUCCUGGAUGGGAAAGCUGCCUGAUAGGAGACACAAGGGAACCCCCAAAUUCUAGACAGCCCCAAUGUCUGCAUGUUGAAAGAUGCCAAUUCUGUGACACCCACCCAGACCUGCUGCUCUACCACUAGAAUUUUCACUGAAUCAAAAGUCUGGUUUCUAACACAGUUAUCCAGCCCUUCCAAACACUGUCUGGGUUCUUUGGAUGCCCUGGGACAGCUGUAUAGCCUUUCACCAUAUUCCCAGUUUGGAAUCUUUUAUAUCCAGAGAGUGUAACCUCAGUGAUUCUAUACUUACAAUUUAUUUUGAUUUUUAGAAAGAUGUCAGUGCAUAUUCUUGGAGAAAUGGAAACAUAAACCUUUCCUCAAUUAAAAACAACAAACACUACAAAAUCCCCUUCUGGUCUACCUUCUGGCUUUUUAUAGAAUGGAAUAAAGAGGAAAACCUAAACAGAGAGACAGGUGCCCAGGCAAAGUGAGAGAGAAAACAGAUUCUUUCCCACCCACACAUACAGAAAAAGAUAACACAGACACAAAUAUCCCAAGAGAAACAGACUUACCUGGUAAGGCAGUCAUCGCUUUUGACCUUUUAGGAUUCUGUACUUUUGAGGAGCAGCCAGAUUUCACAGUACAAGAUGGGCUUAUGAGCCUCUUGCCCAUCUCCUAGCCUGCCAGAUUCAUUUAAGAACAUAAAGGCCAGGAGCACCUGUAACCCCAGGGCCCACUCAGUUGUGCUUGCACCGUUGACUCAUUGAGGUACAUCCAGGCCUUGGCAGUGCCAGUUCAGUUAUACAGCUUGUCCUGCCCUUGAGCACUCAUUACCAAAAGGACAGGUUCCUGGAAGGUACACACAUGAGCCUGCUUCUGUUCACCUGAGUUAUUUCAAUCCAACAGGAGAGACCUUCCUUAUUGGACUAAUCUCUUGGAACUGUUCUAAAACAAGAUGAGUCAUCCCUGUGUGUCUCUUUUGGCUCCACCUGCUCCCCAAGGUCUUGCCCUUCCCCAAGAUGGAGCUCCAGGAAACCAGGUCCUGGCAGUCCCUCUUGAGAUGCCGGAGGCCCAGGAUUUGGUGUCCUUUGAUAUUGUACCGUGGCGCCUCACAGAACAGGAGUGGCUGAGUCUGAGUCUGAGCCCGGAGCAGCAGGCACUGGCAUAUUCCAGGGCUGUGACCUCCAUUGGAGUUCCUGUUGUGAGUCCUGCUUUGGUAUCUCACCUGUCACAAGGACAAGUUCUGUUGGUAUCAGAUCCAUCCCUCAGCACAGAUCACACUAAGCACGCUGAAAGCACCUCUGUGACCUCCCACCAGAAGAUGGGUGAAGAAGCCCAGCUGCAAGAGAUGGCGUCCACGAGCUCCCCGAGGGCCAAUGACCCCAGCGCUGAGGUCAAACAGAAUGGGGACUCUGGGGGGAGGGGGGGGAGCCCACAAAAUCUGCCCAUAGAACACCAUUUUGCAUGUAAAGAGUGUGGGGACACCUUCCGCCUUAAAGUGCUCCUUGUUCAGCACCAGAGGGUUCACAGUGAGGAGAAGGGCUGGGAGUGUGGCAAUUGCGGGAAGGUCUUCAGGGAGGUAUCAGAAUUUAAUGAGCACAGGAAGAGCCAUGAAGCUCUGGCUGCUCAGCCCCAGCCUGGCCCCAGUCAGGCUCUGGAAGAUGCCUUGGAAAAGAGGGAGCAAAUGGAGAGGGAGGCGAAGCCCUUUGAGUGUGAGGAGUGCGGGAAAAGGUUUAAGAAGAAUGCAGGUCUUAGUCAGCACCUGAGGGUGCACAGCAGAGAGAAGCCCUUUGAUUGUGAGGAGUGUGGGCAGUCUUUCAAAGCCAACACCCACCUCUUUCGACAUCAGAAGCUUCACACUUCGGAAAAGCCCUUUGCGUGCAAGGCGUGCAGCAGGGAUUUCCUGGACCGCCAGGAACUUCUCAAGCACCAGCGGAUGCACACGGGCCACCUGCCCUUCGACUGCGACGACUGCGGCAAGUCCUUCCGUGGUGUCAACGGCCUGGCAGAGCACCAGCGUAUCCACAGCGGCGCCAAACCCUACGGCUGUCCUCACUGCGGCAAGCUGUUCCGGAGGAGCUCAGAGCUUACCAAGCACCGGAGGAUCCACACGGGUGAGAAACCCUAUGAGUGCAGCCAGUGCGGCAAGGCCUUCCGCCAGAGCUCCAGCCUGCUGGAGCACGAGCGCAUCCACAGUGGUGAGCGGCCUUACGCAUGUGGUGAGUGCAGCAAGGCAUUCAGGGGGCCUUCUGACCUCAUCAAGCACCGGCGCAUCCACAGUGGACUGAAACCCUAUGAGUGCGACAAGUGUGGCAAGGCCUUCCGGAGGAGCUCAGGCCUGAGCCGCCACAAGCGGAUCCACAGUGGAGCCAGGCGCUGUGAGUGCAGUGAGUGUGGUCGUGUGUUCAAGAGGCACUCAGCACUGCAGAAGCACCAGCCCUCCCAUCAGGAGUAGACAUUGCCUUGGGACCUAUAGCAGGGGUCCACAGAGGCUAUGGCCCAGUCAAAGGAGAUAAACAGUUUUGUAGUGCUUAUCUAUUUUAUUGUGUGAGAGGUUGGAAUGAUUUGUACUGCCACCAGCAAUUUAUAAAUGUUCAUGUUUCCCACUACAACUAUUGAGGGUAACUUUUACCAUUUUAACAUAGCUUGGCUACUUUUCCUGGCAGAUAGUACUGUCAAGGUAUUUUAAUCUUCACAUCUACAAUGAGAAGAAAAAUCUGCAUAUGGAGGUCUAGUAGGGAGAUGAGAAGUCCUUUUCAAGCUCUAUCCCUGAGGACUGUUCAAAUGGCAUCAAUAUGAUGAUGCACCUUUCUUGAAAGGAAAAUUGCCCCAAGAUUUUUGGCCUACUUGAAUUUAUAAAAGUUUAGGGAUGUAAAUAGAUCAAAUGCCAUAAUAUUUAAUUUAUUAGUUUAUAAGAUACAUAUUGUAAAUCACACUAUAUGGAAUAAUAUAUUAAUUUAGAGAAUACUCUUUCUCACCAUACUCCAUUUGUUUCUAAUUCUUGAUGUGCAUUUUUGACCUCACCAACAUGGGAACCUGUUUGAGUCAUCAGUCCCCUCUGUUUUGAGCUAUGGUAGCACUGUGACAAUCCCUGCAUGAGGCUCUCAACGGAAGUUUCCUCUCAAGCCAUAAAAACAUAUUCAUAUAACAUUAGAACUAUUACUUUGUAUUUUAAAAUUAGUACUGUACCUACAACAUAACCACUUAAAGUGGUGCUUUCCCAAAUGGCCUUUAAAAAGGCCUUUUUUUGCAUUUCAUACAUUACUCUUGGGUCACACUCCUAGUAAAACUUAUUGAGCUGGAGAUAAACCUUUUUUUUGUCUCUCAUUUUGCUAAGCCGAUUUAAUCCAAUGUCCCCUAUGAACACCAUAAACAUCAGUUGGGGUUUGUCCUCACAUGGUAUCAUCUUGUUCAAAAUAAAGUGAGAUAGCACCCCCAAAUGAGAAGUACAUCAUCAGGACUUAAGGUGAAGUGACUCCUCCUUCUUGGAAGAUCCUCACCUGAUAUUAGACAUAAAUAGUACUUCUCCAACCCUCCAUUUGCAGCUGUGAAGUGGGGAGUAGUCGUAGUCCCUACCUCCUAAGGUUCUCCAGGAGUGUGCCUUGCCUGCAAGAAUGUUGCCUGGCAAGGAGGUAUACUCAGUGAAGGUCACUUGCUGACAUACCACAACUCAUUAGUACCAGAAACAAGGAUGGACCCUCGGGCCUCCUGACUAUUAGUCUCAUCUUUCAUGCUAUGACUUCAGUACUAUUUCUGUUUUCUUGCAUGCAAAUUAUCCGUUCAUCUCCUUUGACUAGAUAUCAAGUUACCUUUGGAUAUAUUGACUUUAUAUAGUAGUUCUUUCUAUAUCAAUUGUGAUGUUAUUUUCCAAUUUUUAUUGCUUUGCUUUUUUUAGUACUUUUAUUACAUUUUUGUUGUGCAGGCUUUGGUUUUUGUUGUUUGUUUUGUUUUUUUUUUUUUACAUAUCCUUGAAUUCUUUCUUGUCUGUUAACUUGUGACUUUCAUUGCUUCAGUACUUAGAUAUGAUGACAUUUUCUUUGAGAACUUACUUAUAAAAGAAAAGCUAAAUCCCUUGUCCACUAAGAAAGUGAACAUACAAGGUGGGCAGGCUGAAUGGGAAUGGACCAGAGAAGCAGGCCCAUGCCUCAUCCAAGAUGCAGACUCUAUAUAUGUCUGUGGACCGCACUUGACUAUACAACCUGGCCACUGAGGCACACUAGAGACAUGUCCACCACACAUUGCUCAGAACACUCUGUGACUGCUCAUCAUUAUAGCCCCAGCCAUAGGGCUCAGCUUCACCUAGACCAAUAGAAUGGUCCAAAUAUGAUCUGGCAGCAGCCAGCCAUCCUUCAAGCUAUCAGGAGCCUUGACAUUUUGGAUUCAGUGAUUGAGCAGCAGCUCCACCUAAGAAACAUCUCAGACACAGAAGACUCACCUGACUGGUGUGCUAUAUGACCUCUAUCCUCCUCCCAUCAAGUGACUCUGGAAUGAGAGAGAUCAGUUUUGUAGUUUCUGUAAGUAGGAUGAGAAAUUUACCCAUGUGUUCUGGCAUCACUUCCUGCAGCCACAUUUAAGGGACGACAACAUAGGCCUGGAGAGAAAUGGAGCUGUGUUCCUCCUGUAGCCUGCAUGCCAUGCCACAGAAGUUGCACCUGGUUGCACCAGGUCUGGUCCAGGACUUGGAAUAGCCAUGCCCAAGAGGGGCAAUAAAACAAGAUUAGAGGGCAAGAAGCCCUUCUGACAGUCCAUGGAGCACAGAAAUCAAAACUGGCCACCCUGCAGUUGGGCCUUGCUUCAGGCAGCCCCCUUUAGGGGAAACAGCAGGUGGGGAAGAUAGCAACACCAAGGCUGUGGCCUGGGUUUCCAGUUGUGCCUUAAGGGGUGUUGGAAGGCCAGAAAAUGUGCCCUUAUGGCAGCCUAGUAAGGGAGGUUGGGCUCUCCAGGGGCAUAGCCUGGAAGGGCUCCCAGCCCAUCCUGGGAACCAAGGUCUGACUGAUAAGGACCUCCAUGAUCUUGGCCAGAAGGGCCUCUCUAAUGCCUGCAGGCCACCAUAGUGGCUCUGUGGGCCUUCUCCAGGUUGAGAGAAGCCAACAGCAGUUGCUGCACAGCAGCUCCUAUUGCUCUGUGGUCUCAAUUCUGGUGGAUUCUUGUGAAUUGGUCUGGACCCACUUCUUUCUCAGAUUACUCUUCUCAUUGUGAGCUGUUAGGACAUGUUUUGUACAACUAUUGGGUAAGGAAUGUUAACAUCAAAAGGAACAAAUCUGGUACCUUUGCCUUGAAGGAUAUGCCAUUUCUUGCUCAUUUGCUCAUCAUUUGUCAAGGUUGACAAAAGGUAUUAUUGAAGUCUAGAGUAGCACUAACUCGGAAGCCAGCAGUGUGAUCACUGUCCAGGGCACGCCCUAGGACAUGACAUCUCUUCACAUCCCUUCCUGCCCUCUUUGACUCUUUUCUAGUUUGGAUUCUGUAAUUUUUUUCUUGAACAAAUCCUUGUUUUAGAGUUAACACUAUAAACCAGUGUUCUUUCCAUGACUAUUAUUGGAUCAGCUUUUAAAUGGUGUUGGUGAUGAAAUCCCUACUCUUUUCUCUGAGUGCAAUCAGUGUGUGGCUUUAACAUGUGGCUCAUAGUUGCAUCCUUUGCCUUGGGUAAUGUGGGGGUGGUUUUCCUUGGACCCUCUAGGUGUACUGCUAUGUCCCAUGCAAAUGUGAGCAAGCUUCUUGAAGUGUGUGCUUGUCUAUGCAUCCAUGUAUCUACCUCAUUGCACUUUUCUUUCUAACCACAUAUAUUCUUGAAAGGGAAUGGAGAGCGGCAAGAUUCCAUAGAAUUCUGGCUCCCUGUAGAGAUCCAUUCCUUUACAAUAUUAAGAAAGAAACCCUGUGUGGCUUUUAUUAGAGUUUGUAAUACUUGCUGAAAUUUUUUAAAAAGCAAAUGUUUACCAUUUUGCUGCUUAUUAUGAUUAACUAUAUCAAUUAAUUGUAUUAUAUCAAUUAGUUGUAUAAUACCCACUCUUGAAUUUACAGAAUAAUCCCCACCAGAUCACAGUGUGAGCAUCUUUCUCCCAUGAUACUGCAGUCUGUGUGCUUGAUUUUUGUGCUUGAAAUGGCAUGACACCUGACCUGCCUGCAGUCCUGGGCUGUGGCCCUGUUGUGUGCUACAUGACUGACCACCCCACUUUUGGGCCACAUUAAUUAAGCCAAUCCCAGACACCUGACCCAAAGGCAGCAACCAUCAGUCAGACCUGAUUGGAGAAGAUGGACUUGGCCUUUUAGGCAUGUGAAAUGCAACAGAGGAAGCUGAAGCCUCAAGGUAUUUCAAGGAGUUGCCCCUGUGAGUAGAACCAUAGUGGAGAUCUACAUGUUCCUGCUAUCCUGCCCAGAGCUACUUGGGUCUCACUCUGAGGGAGGCCUGGAUAUAUGUUCCUGGAUUACUGGUAGCUGCCUGCAUCAGUCUAUGUGUGCAUAUACUUCCUCCCAUUUGCCUUGAGCCAGCUUGAGUGGGUCUGUGCUUUAUGAAAUUUGCCAAGAGCCAAUUGCAUUUAACAAUUGGGUGGCUUCCUGAGAAGGCUUGUAUUGCUGGCUUUCCUCACAUUCUACUCACCCAGCAUUUCUGGCCUCAAUCCCAGUUUGAUUGACAUGAACACCUGUUUAAAUGUGUUACGGUAUUCUGUUCACUAAGAUGGGUGGAACUCUAUGCCUUUUAGUCUCUGGGUUUAACCCAUGAUCUUCUGUAUGAGUGUAGUUCCUUUUCCGAACAGCAUUUGGCUUAUAAGAUGAGUUCAUUGUAGCCUGUUCUACUAUUUUGGAAGUGUUUUACUGUUCCCAGCAAACCUGCUAGAUUAGGGGAUUGAUAACACCUCUAUUCCUAGUGUGCUUACAUUCUGUAGUUUGCAUUAUGUUGGUUUGGGUACUUACUUUCAAAAAUAAAAAUGGUAUCUUUCAACUUGAUCCUCAAUGCUACUUGCAUAUCUUUGAGAAUAGUAGUUGUGUUCUAACAGGUUUGUAUUCAGUUUUGGGCAUUCUUGUUCUUCCCCAGUCUGAUUAUCUUGCCUGUUUUAUGGCACUCACUAUAAUCAGCCUUGUACUAGAGCUGUUUGUGGACUUUGCUUCUCCUCUCCUUUUCUCAGCCUUCCCCAAACUAUUAGAUUGUGAGCUCUAAGAAGACAGGGGUGGCCCUUCAUGUCUAAUCUCCUACCAAAUCUAGCACAGUGCCUUGCAUCUAGUAGAUUUCAAUAAAUAUAUGUUAAAUGGCA